AUGGCCUCCAAUUGGACGCCAAUCGGUUGGGUUCUGCACCUCCUGGAGGGCUUACACCAGACAAUGCCCUGGUAUGCGACCAUAGCUGUGGCCACACUAUUCCUCCGCAUCUGUAUGUUCCCACUCGUCAUCAAAGCCCAAAGGAAUGCAAUGAAAAUGAACCAAAUUAUGCCUGAAUUGCAAGAAUUGCAGCAAAAGUCCACAAACGCUCGGCUCUCUGGCAAUCAACUCGAGUUCGCCAAAUAUGCGACACAACAACAGGAGCUGAUGGCUAAGCAUGACAUCAGUCCCUUCAAGAAUAUUUUGGUUCCAAUGGCUCAGGCGCCAGUUUUUGUAUCAUUUUUCUUAACUCUCCGACGUAUGGCUCAUCUGCCGGUCGAGUCAUUAAAAGUGGGGGGAAUCCUAUGGUUUGUUGACCUCACAGUUCCCGAUGCCUUCCAUGUGUUGCCAAUCAUCACAAGUUUGAGUCUUUGGGCGGCACUUGAAUUGGGUGUUGAGUCCGGCGUGAGCGCCAACACUUCAACGGUGAUCCGGACAAUGAUGAGAGUCAUACCUGUCGUCACACUCGUCUUCAUCUGGAACUUCGAGUCCGCAAUUCUGAUGUAUUGGUGUUCAAGUAAUUUCAUUUCAUUGCUUCAGGUCUUACUACUGAAACAGCCGGCGAUUCGACAAUAUCUUAAAAUUCCGGCACAAAUCAAAUACAAACCCGAAGACCUGCCCGUCAAGAAGAAGGCCAUAAAGGAAUCGAUGGAUAAUUCAAAGGUAUAUAAGAAAAUAGAAGACCGAAAACGUAUCGAUGAAAUGAACUUUAAGAGGGCGGCCAUCGGUCCCAUCACACUAACUAAACGUUACAACAACCUCAUGUAUCGCACGUUUCACUCGUCCCAGUCCCGUCGAUGGCUGUGUGGCACAUAUGGCGCCAAACACAACAACCAACUGUCCCUUUGGUGCACCACUGAUGCCACCAAUGAGGCCACUGAUGGCUACAACCGCGAGCUCAAGCGUGUGGUUAGUGUCCCACUCGUGGCAGAUGUCACCCAAAUCAAUGUCAUCGACAACUCCACUGCUGCCGUGAGUCAGGCCAACGGACAGCUUUUAUACCUCGAGUAUUCAGACAAAGAGUUCCGCUUAAGACAUAAAUGGGAUUCAAUUGAUGGCUAUUCGGCAAACGAUUCGGUGUUUAAUCCGUCGACAAAUGAAUUGAUCACUUGUGGUGACAAUGGAGUGAUUCGUGUCUUCAAUUUAGACAACUAUUCAUCGGAAAUGAGAUCCAAAUGUUUGACUCAAAACUCGCUGAAAGCCAUCGAUUUGUUGUCACGAAAUGAAGUGAUUUGUGGCACGUCUUCGGGACACCUGAAAGUGUAUGACUAUCGCAACCAAUCGGUGGUCGUGUCGAUGGCCAACGAGUUAUCGGUGAUGACAUGCGUGGGACGUAAUCCCAAUAUAUCUCAUCUGAUAUCCUGUGGCAAUGAUGUGGGAGUGCUGUCGAUAUGGGAUCUGCGGAACAGUGGCCGACAGUUACUGCAAGUGUCCGCCCAUUCGGCACUCGUAUCUCAACUCAACUAUAAGGCCAACGAACCCAACGUUUUGAUGACCUCUUCAUACGACGGGUCACUCUUGCGAUGGAAUAUCUCUUCGGCGACACAACUGGAAUCGGUUGACGCGAUUGUGGGCCGAGAGGGCGGUUCUGCCAUCAAUUCGUUUGACAUAAACUCUUCGGACGAAAUCAUGUUCGCCGCCGACAACGAAGUCCUAUAUUUGGUUGUGGUUAAUCUUAUGGUCACUGAGAAUGCAAUCCGCGAGGCGAAGGAGUUCUGUCAUGGAUUACGAGCAGUCGUUAAUUCGCAAAAGUCUAAUAAACUGAGAGAAGAGCGUCAGAAGGAAACCAAAAGCAAAGCUAAUCUGAACUCACAUUUUGCAACAAAUGUGAUCCAAAAAAUGGUAUCAAUUGCCGAAUUGGGCGGCGAUUGGAUUCUGUUGGCUAUACUGGCCAUCAUUUUGGCUUUCCUUAGCUUUGUUAUGGAUAUUAUCAUUCACUUCUGCUUUAAUUUACGUGAUUGGCUCACAUAUAACAUCACCGAAGUGUUUGCCUACAAAUAUCUCAUUUGGAUUGCAUUUGCGUUGUGUCUUAUCAUGUCUUCAGCUAUAUUUGUGAGAUAUGUGUCCCCACAGGCGGCUGGUAGUGGUGUCGGGGAGAUGAAGGUUAUUUUGCGAGGAGUUGUGCUCAAAGAAUAUCUUUCAUUCAAAACAUUAAUCGCUAAAGGAGUGGACUACCUCUCGGCAAAGAAGGGCCUUUCACUUCACCAUAAGCUGAUAGCGGUAGCCUGUGCUGUAGGUGUGGCCACAACAUUUGCCGCUCCAGUCGGUGGAGUGUUGUAUAGCAUAGAAAUAGUGUCCGUUUUCUUCUCUGUGCGCUCGUAUUGGAUGGGAUUCUUCGCGUCCACUAUUGGCGCCCUAUUCUGGAGACUCUUCACUGUUUGGUUUCAAUUGGAGGACAAUAUCACUCAUAUCUUCAAAACGAAUUUUCGUAGAGAAUAUCCAUACGAGACGUUGGAAUUGGUGUUAUUUGCAAUAUUGGGAGCCUUGGCCGGUCUGAGCGCCUACUUGUUUGUCACUAUUCAACGACAUAUCGUACUCUUCAAUAGAAAACGAACUCCUUUUCACAUAAUUCUCCAAAAAUAUCCGCUAAUAUACCCGGCUUUAGUCACUAUCAUUAUAUGUCUCCUCUCAUUUCCAGAAGCUUUGGGACAGUUUUAUGCCUCGUGGCUCUCAUCAGAACAAUCAAUGCAUGAGUUGUUUAGUAACUUCACGUGGGGUUUAAUUGCUGAUCAGAUCGAUAAGGACGACAUCAUAGAUAACUGGAGAACAAAAUCAACCUCUAUAUACACCAAUACAUUCUUAUUCUUUGUGAUGAACUUGUUGGUGGUAGCACUUGGAUCUACACUACCAGUUCCCUGUGGGCUAAUAAUUCCAAGUUUUAAAAUUGGUGCUGGACUGGGAAGGUUUUAUGGGGAAUGGAUGGCAUAUUUGUUUCCAAAAGGAGUCAAUCCAUUUUAUGACAGAACUAAUCUUCCGAUCAUUGCCGGGGCCUAUGCUGUGGCCGGUUCUGCAGCGUUUGCCGGCGCCAACACAGGCGCCCUGUCAUCAGCGGUCAUCAUAUUUGAAGUGACGGGACAAAUGACUCACUUAUUGCCUGUCAUUGUAUCGGUAAUCACAGCAACUCUAGUGGCACAACGAUUGGGUCCUUCCAUAUACGACAGUCUUAUUAAGCUCAAGAAAUUACCAUAUCUACCACCAAUGGUUCAGUCAAGUUCUGCUCACAGAAUAUUUGUUCAGGACUUUAUGGAACGGGACUUAUUGUAUAUAUGGGAGGGGUGCUCUUACAGAUACUUAAGACAUUUAUUAAACUCUAAAAAACAUCUCAAUAUUUAUCCGUACGUCAAAUCUCCGGAAUCUAUGAUUUUGUUGGGAACUGUCGAACGAAUAGAAUUACAAAAUUUAUUAGAAACCCAUUUGAGUAAAGAACUAAUGAUUGAGGAUUUAAAGAGUAAGCCAUCGGUUCAUGGCUUAAAUAAGCCGUCGCCUUCCUGUCCAAUACACGGACAACAGCAACAGCCGAGGUUUCAAGUGGCGACUAUUCCUGAGAAUGAAGUCCUCGAAAUCACUUCUGUUGGGGUUAUCUGGGACGCGGGAAAGUUAAUCAUCUCCCCUGAAUACAUUCAGGCACACAAUAUGUUCUCUCUAUUGGGACUUCAAGUGGCUUUUGUGACUGUUUUAGGACGACUUAUUGGUGUUGUGGCUCUCAAAGAGAUCCGGAAAGCCAUCGAAAACAUGAAUUCCGGAGAACUUCCUCGAAAAAGAAGUGACUCUUCACCCGAAUCUCAACCAUUAAACGAAUAA